AUGGCUUGCGGACAGAUCGUUGCGAUUUCAAUCUAUACACUAACACCACUUCUCUCUCACAACACCGACAUCGACAUCAAUACGAGACGACACGAACACCACAAACCAACACCCAACCGCCCAACCGCUCAACCUACAUCCACAAUGGCGCAAACCCCCGAGCAGCGCAAGCGCAACGAGAAGUUCAACAAGCAGCAGGACGCCAAGCGCGGCAAGCCUACGCAGGAGAUCAUCAAGAAGCAGUCGUUCAAGAGCCCCGUGAGCCCCGUCGUGCUCGGUUUACUUGCGUUUGUCAUCUUUGGGGGGUUGGUGUUUGAACUGAUUAGUCGGAUGAUUGGUUAG